UCUUUCUCGAGGCUAAUGAGCCGGCCCGGGAGGGGGCGGGGCCGGCAGGUGCCUUCAUGAAUAACUUAAAUGACCCUCCCAACUGGAACAUCCUGCCAAAUCAACGAGAGCCCGGGGAUGAAGGCAGCAGAUGGAACUACGCCUUGCUGGUCCCCAUGCUGGGCUUGGCCGCCUUCCGUUGGAUCUGGACCAGAGAAUGUCAAAAAGAAAUAGAAAGAGAAAAAAAAGAAUAUUAUAAAAAACAUUCAUCUUUACAAAAAGACCUGGAAGCCAAGUACCGGGAUAUAAUCACAGAAAAUCGUCGCACAGUUGCUCAUUUGGAGUUGGAGCUUGAAAAGGAACGCAACAGAACCUUGAGUUACCGUGAAGCCCUCGUGUCCCAGAGUCGCAAACUAGUAGAAGAAAGAAGGAUCCUAGAACAGGAGCAGGAGAAGUUAGAGCGAGAAAAACAAGUCCUUUUGCGCUCAGGAGCAGAAGGUAACUUGUACCAAAGUUGUCUGGCAAAGGAAGAAGAGUGGCAAAAGAGAGCCAAUAUUUUACUAAAAGAGUUUGAAGAGGGACUUAAAGAAAGACAGGACAUCUACUGCAGUCUUCUUGUACCCAGAAGCCAGAGACUAGAAAUAGAGAAAAAUCUGCUAGUUAAAGCAGCAACUGAUCCUGUUGCUGUGGCUCUACAUAUGGAAAGUGGCUUAAAAGAUAUUUUCAAACAUGAUAACUGCUGUGGCAAUCUGCUGAACAGAAACAAAAGUCAAAACGGAAGACUUAUGUGGCUGUAUCUGAGAUACUGGGAACUAGCUAUUGAACUACAGAAGUUCAAGAGGGCAGAAAAGGCCAUGUUAGGGAAACGAUGAGUAGGGGAAGUAAUGGGAUUUCAUGUCAUCCGCUGUGCAUUGUAGGGACAAUCACAGUUGUAGUCUAAAGCUGUUAAAUUCUCCUACUGUGUUUCCGUUUCUCCUCCGUGUUGCACUUGUAUUUGCAUGGGACGUGCAGUGUUGGUGCCUUUCCUUUCACUGUUUAACAACAGAUGUUCCAGUGAGCUAUGCAUGCUCUUAAACUCUGUGAGUGUGUUUGUAUUACAGACUGCAGUGUAGUAUAGACAUACACCAGCUUCAAUAGGUAUCAGAAGCAGCAAAACACAGCUCUGUUUCGAGUGAUUUACCUAGCUGAUGGUCAUACUCCAUCAACAGUGUGAUUUGUCUCCCCCAAGUGGGGUAGCACAUUGUGCUCCUUAUCCCUGAUGUUUUACAUGGUGUCUCAAAGCCUUUUUUUUUUUUUUUUUAAAGUUUGUUUGUUUAAGUAAGACUGAUUUUGAGGCAGAUGUUGGAAGAGACCGUGUUUGAGCAAGCUGCUUGCCACAUAAAUCCUAUGUGUAUAUACUGUCAUGGUUUAACCCCAGCCAGCAACUAAGCACCAUGCAGCCACUUCCCCCUCCCCUCUCCCAGUGGGAUGGGGAGGAGGGAAAAUAAAAAAAAGGUAAAACUUGUGGAUUGAGAUAAGAACAGUUUAAUAACUAAAGUAAAAUAAAAUAUACUACUACUAACAAUAAUAAUAAUAAUAUUAUUAUUAUAGUAAUUGUAAUAAAAAGGAAUAUAACAAAAAAAAGAAAAAAAAAAGAAAUAAAACCCAAGGAAAAAAACCAGUGAUGCACAAUGCAGUUGCUCACUACCCACUGACCAAUGCCUGAGCAGCGAUCCACCCUUCCCGGCCAACUCCCCCCGGUUUAUAUACUGAGCAUGAUGCUCUCUGGUAUGGAAUAUCCCUUUGACUAGUUUGGGUCAGCUGUCCUGGCUAUGCUCCCUCCCAGCUCCUUGUGCACCUGCGUGCUGGCAAAGCGUGGGAAACUGAAAAAAUCCUUAACUUAGGCUAAGCGCUACUUAGCAACAACUAAAACAUCAGUGUAUUAUCAACAUUAUUCUCACACGAAAUCCAAAACACAGCACUGUACCAGCUACUAAGAAGAUAAUUAACUCUAUCCCAGCCGAAACCAGGACAUAUACUUACAUUUAUAUAAAUAUAUAUAUAUGUGUGAAUGUGUGUGUGUAUAAAUGUAUAUAUUCUGAGGGGAGGAAUAGUAUGACCAUGUUUCAAAUUAAUCAGUCUUGCAUUGUCUUCCAGUUUAAUAUACAGAUAGUACUUUAUGAAUGAAACAUCCAAAAGAUGCUAAUUAAAAUAACACAUAAAGAAACAGAUUGAUGAAAGUCUCAUUGGAGCUAGGGAUCUAUGCUUGAAUACUAGAGAGUGUAUAAAGUUGAAAUGAUAUUCACAUCAUACUGGACAUAUGUUAAGAAUACUUAUGGGUUUUUUUCAGUCAAGGUUUUAGUUGUAACCCAACAGUGUGCCUCCAUUAUAGAUGUCACCGUGCUGCUGCCUCUGCAUCCCAGUGCACUGGCUGCUACCUGGUUAGUUUGCAGGAACCUCCAUGGGUUACAGCCAUUGCACCUGGUUCUGUUCCUUGGACAGGUCCUGUUUGUUAUUUGCAGAUAGGAACCUAAAUGCAACCUGCACUGGUAACCACUACCUCCCUCUCUGACUGCCUCAGUUCUCCCAGAACUGAAGUAUACUUUUCUACGACUCUUAAAUUUUGAGCUUAUGGUUCACCACUUCACGUACACAUGACCAUGAAAGCCUACAGAUAUACAAGCUUUGCACACAUUUAGGAAAGGGGGCUUUUUAAUUUACUUAGCACAGUAAAAUAAACAGAUCUAGAUUAAAAAUACCACAACAACAAAACAGUGCAUUUCCAUGCUUGAAAUCCCUUAAAACUUUUGAGUAUUCUUUGGGUCCUUGUAGCAGUAGGAACCACCUUCUUUUUCAAAUGUGCCAUGUAUUUUGGAGAAUAACUUUUUUUUCUUCCUCCUUUCUAAUCCAGCCUUAGACCUCAAGGGGCAGUGUUUACCCUUUUGUUUAUAACAUCCAGUCUUCUCUGUUACUUGACUUUAAUUAGUGUUGGUAGGUUGUCUGUUCUUUAAUUAACAGGUUUGUAUUUACUGAGGGCUAGACUUGACAAACAUGUUUGCUCUAGGCAAUCAGCUACUGCAUGGCUUGGAAGCAACCCAGCUAAGUGCAUGCCCAUCCAAGUUUAACAGAGAACUCCAGCAGAUGUGGGUUUUUCUCUUAUUAUUUCCUCCUGGUUUCAUUUCAGUCUGGGCACAGAAGACAGCAGAUAAAUCUUUUGAAGUAGUGUGUGCAACCUGAUCCAGUUACUCAGCAAAAAUAUCUAACAUGAAACAAAAUUCUUAAACAGAAUGCAUGUUUCCCAACUACUCAGUUUUCUAGUUGUGAUUUUGCUCACCUUGGUGGUGCUAAUUAUACUGUUGUAUUGAUUUAUUAGUCUGUUAUGUACUGAUUUUUUUUUUAUUAUUAUUUUUUUUUUAAAUAAAGUUGAAGUAGAUAGACAGACGUGGGGAAAAAAAAAAAAAAGAGAUACCAUCACAAACACCAGAAAGGCUGAAGUUUGUCUGGAUGCCAAGCGUAUGCGGGUUGGGAGAUGAGAACGCAAUUGAGUUACUACUCCUGUGUGACAGCCUGAGCAAAGCUGCUGUAGCUGGCCAUAUGCACAUGCCCUAAUUGCCCAAUAGAACAAAUUAGUUUGAAUAACUUACCCUGUGUGUAAUUCUUCCAGGAUGCGGAGAGUGUCCGACCACACAGCUGUGGUGCAUUUCAUACGUAUGUACAGGCAGUUAAGCGACUCGGCUGACAAACGGCAGCCAGUGAAUCAAUGCCAGUGUAUUUGAGAUUCGUGCCCUGAAUUUGUACAUAUUCAUUAGUUCUUGGUAUUAAAUGAUCAAACAUUUUAUGCUUUUUCUUUUUUUUCAUGGUCACUGACAUCACUCAAAAUGUUUAAAGAAAAUGUAAUCAAGAGGGUAAAAUACUUUUUUCAGUAUAAAUAUGUAAGUUGAAGCAUCAUACGCUCGAUUGUACAGGGUUGGAUGCAAUGUAAUAAAUGUUUGGUAUUUGCUUUCACUUUUUUAGAAGUGUCAAUUAUUUGUACAACUAAUUGUUAAACUAUUGUUCAUGGACACUUUGCAGAUCAGUAUAUUAAGACUGAAGAGUUAUUUGAGGAGGAUUUUUAAAAGUGUGUAACUGAUUUAGAAGCACCGGUCCUGUUAGUUUCUACCAAAACUCAUGUUUGUUGGUGCGUUACAUAUUUUUGAAACAUUCCCCCUUUGUAGGUUGUUAUGUUGAAAGUUCUGUUGUGAGCUUUAUAUUGCCCAACAGCUAUUGUUCUGAAUUGGUUAUUUGUUUGGAAAUGCCCAUAUAUAUGUAGAAUGCAAGAAUAAUUUGUUUUCAAAAUAUUUAAUGAACUUUUUUUUGUUAUGAAAAUGGUCACUCACCUGUUGAAUAAUAACAAUUAAUAAAACC